GGUGGGCGGAGUCUCACAUACUACAAAUUCACAUCUGCAGCAUCUGCACUCACCUCUCCUCAUUUCUGCCACUGACCAAGAAGAAGCUACCUUCAAAAACCACUAAAACAUGACAUCCUACACUGACAAAGGUGAAAAGCACGAGCAGGGCAGGUUUGUCUGCUUUGACCACAUCACCUUCUGGGUUGGAAAUGCCAAACAGGCAGCAUCGUAUUACUGUGACAAACUGGGUUUUGAGCCCCUGGCGUAUCGUGGGCUCGAGACAGGCAGUCGUGAUGCUGUGUCUCAUGCGGUGAAACAGGGCAAGAUUAUUUAUGUCUUCACUUCUGCCUUGAAUCCUGGCAAUAAAGAGAUGGGAGAUCACCUGGUAAAACAUGGUGAUGGUGUUAAAGAUGUAGCUUUCACUGUGGAGAACUGUGACUUCCUGGUAGAGAAAGCGAGAGACAGAGGUGCUGUCAUCAUUAAAGAGCCUCAUGUUGUGGAGGAUAAGUUUGGCAGGGUGAAACUGGCAGUUCUGCAGACAUAUGGUGAUACCACUCAUACAUUUGUAGAGCGGACAGGAUAUAAUGGACUUUUCCUCCCUGGAUUCCAUGCUCCUCUGUUCUGUGACCCUUUCUUGGCAAAACUGCCAAGCGGGAAGCUGGACUUCAUUGACCAUGUGGUUGGAAAUCAGCCAGACAAUGAGAUGGUGUCAAUAGUGGAGUGGUAUCAGAGGAACCUGCUGUUCCACAGAUUCUGGUCUGUAGAUGACAAGCAGUUACAGACUGAAUACAGCGCGCUGCGCUCCAUAGUGGUCGCCAACUAUGAAGAAACUGUGAAAAUGCCAAUUAAUGAGCCAGCUAUGGGGAAGCGCAAGUCCCAGAUCCAGGAGUAUGUGGAGUACUAUGGUGGUGCAGGGGUUCAGCACAUCGCGAUGAACACCUCUGACAUCAUUACAGCAAUCCGUAACCUAAAGGAACGUGGUAUGGAGUUUAUGACAGUGCCUGAUGUUUACUACCAGCAGCUCAGGGAGAAGCUGAAGUUUUCCAAAGUCAGAAUUGUUGAGGACAUCAGCAUAUUGGAGGAACUUAAAAUCUUGGUGGAUUAUGAUGACAAUGGCUACCUGCUCCAGAUCUUCACCAAGCCAGUACAGGACAGACCCACUGUGUUUCUGGAGGUCAUCCAGAGACGCAACCAUCAAGGUUUUGGUGCUGGCAAUUUCAAAUCUCUGUUUGAGGCAAUUGAAGCGGACCAGAAUGCCAGAGGAAACCUCACCAUCCUUACACCUAAUGGCACAUCAGAGAAACUCUGAGUAGACUAUUCAUAUUCAUCAUAGAGAAUGCAUAGUAGGCCUACACAUAUACUAAAAAUAUGCAUAGUAAACUCUGAAAUGUUUUACUAAUGUUGUCAUAUUUUUGACUUUCAAGCAUGUGCCAUUAUAUUUGAUAGUGUUUCUUCAACUACAGACACUUCUGACCCAGUGGACGUUUAGAAAAGAAGCUGUCUCAUGAACAUUUCCAUCAUAUCUCAAAUCAUAUAUUAUGUUUAACAGCAUUCUGUGGUGGAAAUUACAUUAUAUCAUGGUAAUGGGAACUAUUUUGGAAUAAAAUGUCUUUCUGAGGGUUAUUUCAUUGUUAGCAUUUUACGCAUCCUAUAUUUUCACACGUACUGUAUGCAAAUUGUUACCAAAUUACAAUUUGAUUGGAAA